CAAUAAUUACGGUUUAAAUUUUCCCUCCGUCGACGCGACGUAUCGAUCGAAAACGUCACGUUAGAACGUUAGAAACCGUCGCCAGAGGGCGAGAAGGCGAGGCGGCGCGCUGGUGGGACAGAAGGGACGCGGUCGGAGCGUAAGCCGACACUUUUUGAAUUCGAAGCUAAGAGUAGGUACUAGGCGAGUAUUUCCGGAAGCUUUCCUUCCCGGGAUUCGGCUCUUCUCUUCUUCCCGCUCCAUCCGCCUUUUCUUCCACCGACGGCCGACGGCCGCCCGAUCGAUAGCGUCGCUUCCCCCCAGUCCAUCGAUCCGUCGUUCUUCCUCCACUCCUCCCGGCGGAGAGAACGCGAUCUGUGGGAAGACGCUUUCCUGGUCGUCUUCGUCUUUCCCGGGAGGGAGGAUCCAUCCCGGAUAAAGAGAGGACGUGGCCGAUUCGCUCGGCCUUCGACACCCAUUCCCGGGAGGCGGAAGAAAGAGCGGGAUGAGUCGAGAACCGUUGGAGUGCACCGUGCGAGGUCCCGUGGCCAUGACCAUGGACGACGACCGAGUGGAAGGAGGAACCGGAUGCAGCGUCUUGGACGCCACCUUUCCCUAUCCCGUACAGGUAGGAGAGAUAACAUUCAAGAACGUCUACACGGCCUACAUGACCGUAUUGUGCAAGAGAGUUUCUUCGGAUUGCGACCCCAAGAACCGAAGCGCCCUCAAAUGGCAGAAAUGCAUCCACAAGUACGUGCUGAUGCCCAAUCCCCACUUCGAAAACGGAAGUCAAAGCUUCUUUUCUUUAACUCAGAAAGACAGUCGUUUGGCUCUGUUGGACGUGGUAACCAUUCGUUUAGUUCUGUACCAGCCGUCACCUCUGUGGAGGAAGUUCGGACUGGAGAAGUUUGCCGUCUAUAGCGAUCCCUCUCCGGAAGAAGCUCUACGGGUGGCCGUGCCCAGACUCUUCCUUUCCGAAUCGCACGGAUCCUCGGCAUCUUCCCAUCAGACGGAAGACCGUCGUAAAUGCGCCGCCAGUCACGUGCAGAAUCUGUGGGCCUUGUUGGAACAGGCGAAAAGUAACAAGAGCGAUUUGAGCGUGGGGCGGUUUGAGGUGAACGGAAGCUACGACAUCAAUUUUCUGUCCUGUAACUGAAUAAAGGAGACCGGAGAUACAAAGACUAUUUAUUUCUUGUCUACCGUACAAUGUGCAAUGGAAUGGAAUGUGCGGCGUGUCGGUCGCU